UCAGUCAGAGGACACGAGGAAAAAGGACAGAGAGAAGAUAACAGCAGCACCGAAUGCAGCGACCGUGGAGUCAUGGAUCUGAAAUUCACUUCAACAAGAAAACACGUUUCCAUCAGUGUACCUUCCAAAUCUCAGACUAUGUCACCCCAUAUCAAAUCAGUAGAUGAUGUUAUAGUUCUUGGCAUUAAUCUUAGCAAAUUUAACAAGCCUGCUCAAUUUUUCAUCUGUGUUUCUGGAGUUUUUAUGUUUUAUCUAAUCUAUGGAUAUUUACAGGAAUUGAUAUUUUCAGUGGAAGGUUUUAAACCUUUUGGUUGGUACCUCACUUUAGUGCAAUUUGGAUUUUAUUCCGUUUUUGGACUAAUAGAAUUACAGUUGAUUCAGGACAAAAGGAGAAGAAUUCCUGGCAAAACCUACAUGAUAAUAGCCUUUUUAACAGUGGGAACAAUGGGCUUGUCAAAUACCUCUUUAGGAUAUCUUAAUUACCCUACUCAAGUCAUCUUCAAGUGCUGUAAACUGAUUCCAGUUAUGGUAGGCGGGGUUUUUAUACAAGGAAAACGUUACAACGUUGCAGAUGUGUCUGCUGCCCUGUGUAUGAGUCUGGGAUUAAUAUGGUUUACUUUAGCUGACAGCACAGUUGCACCAAACUUCAAUUUGACAGGUGUGGUCCUAAUAUCCCUUGCACUCUGUGCAGAUGCAGUUAUAGGAAACGUACAGGAAAAAGCGAUGAAGUUGCACAAUGGUUCUAAUUCAGAAAUGGUUUUGUACUCUUACUCAAUAGGUUUUCUGUAUAUCUUAUUUGGAUUAACUUGCACUAGUGGAUUAAGCCCUGCAGUAGCAUUUUGCUCACAGCAUCCAAUUCAGACUUAUGGUUAUGCAUUCCUUUUCUCCCUGACUGGAUAUUUUGGCAUAUCCUUUGUUCUAGCUUUGAUUAAAAUCUUUGGUGCCCUUCUGGCUGUAACAGGUUACCUUUUCUUAAAACUUCAAACAUCAGUCACAAGGGACUGGGGUGGGGAGGUGUAGCAAGAUGCCAUGGAACUACUUUGCUCUCCUCCCUCUCCCCCCAAAAGCUGGUUUCUGUCAGGUAACGCUCUACUUCAUUUGCAUUAGUGGAGAGGAAGAUACAAACAGUUAUUUUCUGGCCUGAAAAUUGCAUGCUCUGAUUUUCUAUUAAUUCUUCUCUGUAGCACUACCAUAUUUGUUUUCAUUGAAGUUUAGUGCAUCUAAUGGCUGAACGUUGGCCCAAUAAGAGGCUUGGUUCAUGUGUUAAAGCAGCUCUUAAAGAAUUUUAGAAGUAGUAUCUACCUGUGGUAAAAAUGGCUUAAGAGUGCUGUGGAAUAGCAAAACCUUCCCGGAUUUCCUUGUGUCUGACUUGACAAUCCUAACACUUGAACCCUUUCUGUGUUGGCCUUAGCAAUGUGAAAAGGUUUAUUGUGCCUUGGAAGAACAGCUGCGUUCGUUACUGUCCCCAUGUCAACCCUCCCCCUUAUUGGAGAGAGUGGGGGGAUGGAGUUUAAUGAAAAUUGCAUUUCUAUUAGCAGAAUGAGAAAUUAUCAGACUUAAUCGGGGAAAAAGAAGAAAAGGCACUUAAUUUAGAAGGAAAUGGUUACGUAAAUAUUUUAAUUAAUAGCUGGUUUGAAAGAGCAGAAGUAAUGAUGAUUAGAAAAACUGAAUUUAACCGUUUUUUAAAUUAUUCAUCUGUAAACUGUUUUCUAAUUAAAACUCAAUUUUUUUUUUCAUUCCCGCUUAAUUUUUCACAUAACAAAAUCUAUUUGAUGUGCAUAAAUUUCUUAAAAUGUAUAGAAAUUGCUACCAAGUGGUUGAGGCUGGGGCAGAUAAAGUAAUGGUGAAGGCUGUUUCUUCCAGUACUAAAUAUGCUUUUAAGAGAAAAAAUUUAGUGGGAGAAGCGUGUGGGGGGUGAAACUUUGUUUAGUGGACAGAAAAAAAUAGCAUGAGAAUACAUCUAUAAUUAUUGGUUCUUUUUGUCACGGUGUUAUAUUAGUAGUAAUGUGGCUGUAGUUCUGAGAAGAUUUUUGUCUGUUACAGCAAAAAGUACUUUGUGGUCAUUGAAAUAUUUUCUGCUGCUAAAAAAAACUUGGUUUUCUUCUGGUACAGACAAUUGUACAAGAUUCUUUAAUAAACAAAAGCCUGUGCUGUCAUGUAACACCUUCUCUGUCCCUUCAUAGCUGAAUUUGUACACCUGGCUGCACUGUUAACGUUUAUCAAGGUUUUCAUCAUACCUUUACUCAUUUACUGUUUGCAUGUUUCAGUGAUAAAUGAUGCAUGUUUUCAAGUAUGCAGUUCACUAGCAACGUUUCAUUCUUAACCAUAGCAUAUAGCUUUGGCAUUGCAAAUGACCAUCCAAAGUAAUAGUUAGAGAGUAAGACAAACGGUUCACAUCUGUUUUGCUAGCAGAAUUGUGCUCCCAACUUUUCCUACAACCUUGUCUUUGCUAAUGAUGAGAUCACAUGUAGAAGAAGGCCUUUUAAGAGUUUUAGGAAAGCUUACUAAUGCAGUCAUUGAAGUCAGGCAUGCUUGGUCUUUGAGACUCCUAGCCAAAGUUACAUUGCUCUGCACUGCUGUAUAACUGAAAUU